AUGUGGAAGCCGUCCAAGAUGCAGCACAUCGGUGAUGUGCCAAAGGAAGCCCUCAACUGGCGCCUCCUCGUUGGCGUCAUUUGCAUCGGCUUCCUCGGCGCCACCCGUGGCCUCGACGAGGGCAUCAUCUCGGGAGAAAUGCAGAGGGAAUCUUUCCAGACGACCUUCGACAUCGAGGAGCACACGGAAAAAGAGUCCAACGUUGUGGCAAUGGUUCAGCUCUUUUCCGUCGUGGGUGCCGUCGUUGGCUACCUGACCUGCGACCGCUUUGGUCGUGUACGCUCCUCCCAAAUCUGCUGCCUCCUCAUGUUCCUCGGCACCUCGCUCUGGAUCGGCGCCAACAACAUCGCCAUGCUCUACGUCGGGCGGGCCAUCAACGGCAUCGGCGUUGGCAUGACUCCCGUCUGCGCUCCCGUCUUCCUCGUCGAAAUCGCUCCUCGCCAGAUCCGCGGCCUCUGCACUUCUGUCUACUCGGCCAGCGUCUACGUCGGUCUCCUCCUCGGAUACUCUAUCAACCUCGCAGUAAAGCGGCACAUGGACGACACCAAGGCCAUCGCCUGGCAAGUGCCGCUCAUCAUGAACUACGGCUGGCAUGCCAUCAUUCUCGUCGGCACCUUUUUCAUUCACGAGUCGCCCCGCUGGCUGAUGCAGAAGGAACGCCACGACGACGCUGCCAAGUCGCUCGCCUACUACCGACAGAUGGAGCCCACCAACCGCCUCUUUGCAGAGGAAUUCGAGCUCAUUGCUGAUUCCGUCCGGGCCGAAAAGGCGGCCCUCACCGGCUUUUCCUUCAUGGACAAGGUCCGAGAGCUCUUUGGCGAGAAGAACAACCAGUACAAGCUCAUGAUUGCCAUCGCCAUUCAAAUCUUCGGCCAGUACACUGGCGCGGGCGCCAUCUCAACUUACGCCAACCGUAUUCUCACCAUCAUCGGCGUCGACAACUCUCAGGGAUACGUCACAAGCGUGGGCUUCGGCACGGUGAAGCUGGCGGCCGGAGUGCUUUCGUCCUUCUUCCUGAUCGAUCUUCUCGGACGACGGAGGACCCUGCUGGGAGGCGUCGUCUUCCAAGGCCUCUCCAACCUCUACAUGGCCAUAUUCCUCAGCCUGUACAUCGAUGGGAACCACACCAAGGGCAAGAAGGCUGCGAGCGAGGCGGCCAUCGCCGCCAUCUUUGUCGGAGGCGCCGCGUGGUCGGCCGGCGGCAACCUCGCCCAGUACCUCAUCAACACCGAGAUCUUUGGUCUCCGCGUCCGAUCGCUGGCGUCUGCCUUUAUCAUGGCCCUGCACUACCUUCUGCAGUACAGCGUGACACGUGCGCUCACGCCGAUGCUCAACUCGGGUCUCAAGGCCGGCGGCACCUUUGCCGUCUUCUGCGCUGCUUCGCUCGCAUGCUCCCUGCCCUUCUACCUCUUCUUCCUCCCCGAGACCUCUGGAAAGAGUCUCGAGACCAUCGACGAGAUCUUCGACCUGCCCUGGUACAAGAUCGGCCGCGCUUCUCGCCGACCCAUCCGUGGAGAGGAGGUCCCCUCGCACUCGAUGCCUGCCGCGCUUGAAUCCGGCGCCGGCUGGAGCCCGCGCGGCGACUCCAGCGAUGAGCUCGACACAGCCAAAGACGAGAAGAACAAGCCCUUCACCUCGACCAGCGCCGUCGCCCCUGCUAUUGAAAAGUGA